GAAAGUGGGAGAGCAACGAAAGGAGAGCGAAGGUUGACACAGCAAGCCGGAAAAUUCCGAUCACUGGAACGUUAAAGGUGCCAGUUUCAGAGUUCUGUUGACCUCCGACAGUCAUUCCUGCUCGCCGGCAGUAGUCGCCUCUGAAGAUAGAUGUGGACGAUCACUGCGAUGAAGCUUGGAGUGGAGUUGUUCAGCUGCUAAAAAAGGACGCAAAGAGAAAAGGAAAGAAUUUGCUUUUCAUUUUGAAGUUUCUUUGUGAGUUUAUAGUUCGCGUUCUGAGUUGCUAGGAGAACAAAAACACAAGAGAAUGGUGCUGGUUUUAGCUAUAGGGGACCUUCACAUACCCCAUAGGGCGGCUGAUCUGCCUCCAAAGUUCAAGUCCAUGCUUGUUCCUGGCAAGAUUCAACAUAUUAUCUGCACUGGCAAUCUCUGUAUUAAAGAAGUGCAUGAUUACUUGAAGAGUCUGUGUCCCGAUUUGCAUAUCACCAGAGGUGAAUAUGAUGAAGACGCCCGCUAUCCAGAGACCAAGACGCUCACCAUUGGGCAAUUCAAGCUUGGAAUAUGCCAUGGCCAUCAGGUUCUCUUUCUAAAGCUGUUUGCAUAGCUGCACUUGCAUUUAUUAGAUGAUUUCUCUCAUUUUUGGACAAGGGAAGGGAAGGUUGGGCAGAGGGUAGGACUUAGGACGGUACUAAAAUUUUUGGACCGAUGACAUUUGUUUCCUGUACAUUUGGAAUCCUUAUCCUCCGUGUGUUAAUGCUCUGAAGGUUAUUCCUUGGGGAGACUUGGAUUCGCUUGCCAUGCUGCAGAGGCAACUCGAUGUGGACAUCUUAGUGACCGGUCACACGCAUCAAUUCAAAGCCUAUAAACACGAAGGUGGUGUAGUUAUCAAUCCAGGCUCGGCCACUGGUGCUUACAGUAGCUUCACCUAUGAUGUGAACCCAAGCUUUGUGCUGAUGGACAUCGACGGUCUACGUGUCGUGGUGUACGUAUAUGAAUUGAUCGAUGGUGAGGUCAAGGUCGACAAGAUUGAUUUUAAGAAGACCGCCAAUCCUCGGUGAUUACGCAUGCCGAGAAUGUAGCUUGAAUCCAUGGUAGUACCGGAAGGAAGCAAUUAUUUGCUAAUUGGUGGAUCCCGGCGAGACAUUUGAUGAAUAAAGAUGUGUACCUUGCUUUUCAUGUUUGUUCGCUCAUUAUUCCUGAGUUUCUGAGACCUUGAUUAGGGUUUCAGCGGCGUGUAGCUUCGUAUUUUGCAUUCUCAUUUGUUUCAUCGGUGUGUAGCUUCUCUUCAGUGUGUUUGGCAGAGUAAAAGUAUUCGGUUCUUUCAAAAUAACAUGUUUGGCUGGUGAAAGAGGGAUGUAUCAUUUGAUACUUGUUAUAUCAAAA